GUCGGUUUUCCACCGACAUUAAAGACUAAGCUUUAAUGUCGGUUUUAAACCGACAUUAAAGGUCCGCCAUUUUGAAAACCGACAUUAAAGGUCCAUUUAAUUUUUUUUUAAUAAUUUUAUUUUGUGAAAAAAUAAUAGUCUCUCUCUUACUUUACUCUUUCGACCCUCUCCUACUCGCGCAAUCCCUUUUCUUCUCCAAAUGAAUUCGUCCAUUUCUUCUUCGGCGACUUUUUCUUCUCCGAUGCCCGUUCCUUCUCCGACUUUUUCUCAUUGUUUUUCUCAUCUUCUUUUCUUUUUCUGAAUCCUUCUCAUAUUCAUCCAAAGGCAUGCUCAUCCACUUUCUGUAGAGUUCCGUCACUCUCUUCUUAUGGAUUGUUGGUCCCUUUCUCUCCCUCUCGACGACGAGUUCAAGAAGCUCGUCAAUCGUAUGAACCCUCACAGGGUUACCAUUGAUAAUGAUUCCAUCAGAAAAGCUACUCCGAUUAAGGUUGAUAGUGCUAAUAAGCGAGGGAGUUUACUGGAAGUGGUUCAGGUUCUUAAUGAUUUGAAUCUCAUAAUUAGACGAGCUUACAUAGUUAUUUGCCUCGUUUGGAAUUACAGCUGGUUUUGUUGUGUUUUUCAUUGGCAAUCCUUAGAUUUCUUCUCAAGGGUUUUGGAGUAUCCAAGAUUUCCUCUCAAAUUAUUGCUGUGCUUGUGCAUCCUGAUAAAAAUAUGGGAAGCCCAUUGGCGAGUGAGUCAUUUAAGAAGCUUCAAUGUGCAUAUGAGGGAGAUAUCACUAAACAAAUGACUGCAAUAGAAGAAAUGGUUGCAAGUGAGUACAAUUAGCCAGACCCUUAUCUUUGUGACAAGAUCUUGAAGAUGGUCAUUUGUAAAGCGUUCUAGUUUGCUAUUAGUUGCAAUUUUAGUUAUUGCUCUCUCAAUAUAUUCUUUUUCUUUCUUUCUUUCUUUUUUUCCAAAGGAUGAUCAAUGUAUAAUAAUUAAGCUUCAUAACUUCUUUGUAUUUGGAGCCAAGUUGUAUAUAAAUGUACACAUUAUUAAGAUUUCAUUUUGUAUAUGUACAAGUAAAAGAUUUCAUUUUUAA